AUGACCCUCACGUCUUCGGGUUCGCGGGCUGGAGGCCCGGGAGGCGCGCGGUCCGCGGGCCAGUUCGCCCCCGGGGAGCUGUCGUCUUCGCUGCUGCCCGGGGCAGGCGAGCGGGAGGAGGCGGUGCGCCAGCUGGGAGGGCGGCGCGAAGGCGAGGGAGGCCGCAUGCUUCGCGAAGAGCCUGCAUCCACGGUUCGCGCGCCGGCAGUGACAGCGGCGUCUGUUUUCACGCGGUCUGAGGACGAAGACGACGAUGAGGACGGAGAAGACGAGGGCGAGACGUGGAUCUCUUGGUUCUGCGCACUCGAGGGUCACGAGUGUUUCGGCGAGGUCGACGAGGAGUACAUCAAAGACACCUUCAACCUCUUUGGCCUGAAGCCUAUCAUCGGAAACUACGACGCCGCACUGGACAUGAUUCUCGGCACUGCGCCCGACGAUGAAGACAUCGAUGAGCAACACUUCCUCGAGGUCUACCGGGACGCCAUGGACCUCUACGGCCUCAUUCACGCUCGCUACAUCAUCACCCCGCGCGGCCUCGCCCAGAUGCGCGAGAAGUACAUCGCGGGGCAGUUCGGCGAAUGCCCUCGCGUCCUCUGCGACCGCCAUCCGGUCUUGCCUGUUGGCCUUUCUCCAGAUCUCCGCUCCCACCGCCUGCGGCUGUACUGUCCUCUCUGCCAAGAGGCCUACGAGGUGCGAGAAGGCAGUGAGGAGGCGAAGGACAUCGACGGCGCCUUCUUUGGCCCUUCCUUCCCGCACAUAUUCUUGCAGACCUUCCCCAAUUUGGUCCCUCUUGACGUCCCGGUGCCCUACCAGUCGAAGAUCUUCGGUUUCCGCGUUCACAACAAAAAGUCGAUCGUUCAGUUGAAGCUGGAGCGGGGCGAGUAUGGCAGAGAGUGCGUGCCGGCCUCAGCGGCGGGCGGACGCCCUCUGUCCACUUCGCGGGCCCCAGGCUCGCCUGCUGCUGACGCCGCCCGGAAGGAUCGCGACGAGGCCUCGCCGGCUGGAGCCGAGAAGGGCGAGGACGCGGUCGCAGGCGCGCAGGGGCAGGCUCGCGCAGGGGUUUCGCAGCCCGCGGUUGUCGCGGCGAGCAAGAGCCCAAGCGGCAACUGGGAGAAGACCGGGACUUAA